AUGGAAAAUAUAUCAGCAGUGACAUCCUUCAUAUUGACAGCAUACACUGAACUGGAAGAUCACAGAUAUUUAUACUUCACAUGUUUCCUCCUUGUGUACAUCCUUACAAUAUUGGCCAACUCUGGUAUUUUUGUGGUAAUUUUCAUUGACAGAGGUCUGCAUGAACCCAUGUAUUUAUUCAUUUGUAAUUUAGCAGUGAAUCAAAUUUAUGGCAGCACAUCUUUAUUACCACCAAUUCUUUGUAAUUUAUUAUCUGACAAUUAUGAAAUAUCACUCACAAUUUGCCUGGUGCAGAUAUUUUGUAUACACCUGUACAGUUCAACUGAAUUUACUAUUUUAGCAGUGAUGAGCUAUGACCGGUAUGUUGCCAUUUGUCAUCCGUUACACUAUCACCUCCUCAUGUCUCAUAGAAAAGUGUGCACACUUAUUUCAAUGUCCUGGAUUUAUCCUUGUACUAUGUUUGGGCUGUAUUUCAUUCUCACUGUACAGCGUACAUUUUGUGACAGGUAUAUAGAUAAGAUGUUUUGUAUAAAUUUUGCAUUAGUCAGACUGUCUUGUUUUGAAAUUUCAUUUCAAAGCAUAGUUGGGCUUUUUGUGGAGGGGAGCAUGCAUUCCGUUGCUGAGAGACACACUUGGACGAAGAGGAUGCAGCAUCUCGUCACGUUGGAGCCCGGACCAGAUGCAGCCGUUGCUAAGAAUGCCGACGGUCGUCGCGGAGCAACACAUGCCAAGAAGAAUGCAACUAUAUAG